CCACUCAAAUGAUCUUGGGUUUUAUAACUGGAGAUGAUUCAUUUACAUCAAUUUCACCUCAAUCACUUAGUCGAUGGAAUAAUGAGAUUAGUGAAAUCCAUGUUAAUCAAAUCUUUAAUCAGAAUACCUCAGAAUUUUUUUCCUUCAGGAUAAUGGUAGACGAGUCAACACGGGAGAUGAAGGAUUUAGUAAAUUGUAUGGGAUACUCAGUGGCUCAAGCAAUAUACGAUGCUCUUAAUAAUUAUCAAAUAAAUCUUCAACAAUGCCAC